CAUUCUUGGAAUUGUUUUGCCGGACUGCCAUGAAGCGCCCGGACGCACCGAUGGAGGAUUAUGGACGCUUCUUAAAAUCACGAGACUGCAGCGGCCGGUUCGCGAUGCGAACUGAGCCGUGAGUGGUGGAGACAACCUCCCCGCACCCUACACACCCCACCGACACCACCACCACCACCUCAUUCGCGCGAACCCACUCCGCCAUCCUUCGCACGCGGCACGCGCAGCCAUCGGGGGAACAUGUCCCGGGCAGCGGCUAUCGCGAGCUCCCUGAUCCGCCAGAAGCGACAGGCGCGGGAGAAGGCGAACGCCUGCCGCGGCAGCAGCAGCCCGAUCAACACCAAGGGCACCAACGAGAAGCCGAGCAAGCUGAACGUCUUCUCGCGCGUCAAAUUGUUUGGAUCGAGGAAGACACGGAAGAGAAAGCGACCACCAGAGCCCCAGUUAAAGGGCAUUGUGACCAGGCUGUCCAGCAGCCAGGGCUUCCAGCUGCAGAUGCAGCCCGAUGGCACCAUAGAUGGGACCAAGGAUGAAGACAGCACCUACGCUGUGUUCAACCUGAUCCCAGUGGGGCUUCGUGUGGUGGCCAUCCAGGGCGUCCAGACCAAACUCUACCUGGCAAUGAACAACGAAGGCUUUCUCUACACCUCUGAACAAUUUACCCCCGAGUGUAAGUUCAAGGAGUCGGUGUUUGAGAACUACUACGUCACCUACUCCUCCAUGCUGUACCGGCAGCAGGCCUCGGGUCGGGCCUGGUAUCUGGGACUCAACAAGGAGGGAGGAGUCAUGAAGGGAAACCACGUGAAGAAGAACAAGGCCGCCGCACAUUUCAUCCCCAAACCGCUCAAAGUGGCCAUGUACAGGGAGCCCUCCCUCCACGACCUGACAGAACUCUCCCGGUCCGGCAGCGGCACGCCGAUCAAGAGUCGCAGCGCUUCGGCCCUCCUUAACAGCGGGGGGAAGUCGCCCAGCAACAACGACUUAUCCUAGCCCCCCACACACACACACACAAUUACACUCGCGCGCACACACACACACACACACACACACACAGAUCUCAGGCCGACAUGCCCACACAUCCGGCUGGCGAGGAGGAGGCGAGGCGUCCUGACGGAGGACAGGAACGUGUUCUUCCACUUAACGGAGCCCACUGUGACUGACUGAUGUAAAUAAAUCCAGGACAAUCAAUAUGUCUGGCUCUGCUGCUCUGUUCUGCAGAGGGACAGGACGUAUGGAUCUCUGCCCUCGACUACUCUCCCUGCUGUAUUAUGACCAGAGAGAAGGAGGGAGGGCGAUGGAGAGUCAGUCAGUCACAAAGUCAGAUAAACAGACUGUUACCGAGAGCCAAAGAGUCCCCGUGUUCACUCCGUCGCUGCAGUGAAGGAGCCGUGGAGGAAGUGUCUCCGCCACCAGAAGUUUACUCAGAGCUCAUGGGCUGAAGUCAUAUUUUUAAAACGACGUAUUCCUUGUACACUUAUGACGACUCCUCAUUUGCUGGCAUAUGUGUGCAGGUGCACCUGUGUGUGUGUGUGUGUGUGUAUGUGUGAUUAAGUAUACAACGUGCUUGCAGUGUGUGUGUGUCUGUGAGUGAUCAAGUACACAACGUGCUUGAAGUAGGAGUGUUUGUGUCUCUGUGUGUGUGUGUGUGGGCAAGCGAGUGUGUGUGCGCAACCAUGUAUCCGGGGGCAGGAGGUGGGGGGGAUUUGACCUUUGAGAUCCGUCGUAUAUCAGACGAACCUCCCGAGGGCAUCAAGAGAUAAGUUUACUGUAUAUGCUUCCAUGCUUUCUUCUUACAAGCAAUGCCGUUGUUUACCUUUCCGUUCUGUUGUUGUUGUCCCUUGCUCUUUGUUUCUUGUUGCAUGGAAGCUUGUGGACAUGCUCAGUAGCAGCAUGCCGAAGGUCCGUUUUUUAUUUCUGGUCUGACGUGUUCCUGACCUAAAGUGAACACUAGUGAGCCAAUAGUGUCGUACCAGAACACUAGUGAACCAAUGGGAGGGUGUUGGAACACGACUGGACCAAUAGUAUUGCACCACAACAUGUAAUGGACCAAUGGUGUUGGACCAGAGCCAGAACCACCUGGACCAAUGGGAGCACAGAUUAACCUAAUAUUUUAGUUCCUGCUGUGGACAAACUAGAAAUGCACUAAAUAAACACUUUUUAAAAAACGUUA